UGACAGUACAGGAGGCUAUCUUGAGGCUCUUUAUCAAUGAGUGGUUUUAUUAUCUCAGCAGGGAGUUCACGAGUGUACUGUGUCACCGGGCAACAGGUGCAUUACGGAACCUAUGAAUGAAUGGGUGGAGGCUUUUGGUCAGGAAGAGGAGGAGGCAGCAGACGAACAGUCACACAAUAAUCUAGCCGCCCACCAACCUAUGGUUUUCAGAGAGCCAGGCCCGAGUCAACCAUGGGCCCCAUACCAUUGUGCGUGCUGCUCCUCCUCUCUCUGGUUGUCCUGUCGGCUGUAGCUACAGUAGAUGAUGACUACACAUGGCCUCAGUGGAGCGUGCCUCUGGUGAGGAACAGGCAAACCACACUCCUCUCCAGCCCCAACUUUUCUGCACAAUCUCAGGAAGAGCUCAGUGGAACAUGUGGGAUUGAAUGCCAGCGCCGCCUCCCUGUGCCCUCUCUCGAUGAUGUGGAGCAGUUUUUGUCCUACGAGACCGUCUAUGACAAUGGAACACGCACCUAUACUUCUGUCUCUGUACAGGGGCUCAAUGAGGUGAGCUCCUGGUCCAAUAAUGCCACUUUCCACUCCCGGCACAAGAGGGAGGUAUACGGCACAGACACCCGCUUUACUAUUUCAGACAAGCAGUAUUCCACUAAAUACCCUUUCUCCACCUCCGUCAAAAUCUCCACUGGAUGUUCGGGGGUCCUGGUGUCGCCCAAACAUGUGCUAACAGCUGCUCACUGCAUCCAUGAUGGAAAGGAUUAUCUGGAUGGGGUGCAGAAGUUGCGGGUUGGAAUCCUGAAAGAGAAGUCCAAACGUGGAAAAGGACAUAAGAGGCGAGGCGGGGGAGGAGGUCGAGGAAAGGGUAAAAAGAGAAAGGGAGAUAAACCAGAAGAGGAGGCCCCAGUGGAUAGUACCGAUAAACCAGAUCGGAAAGGCAGAGGCAGAAAGAGCCGCAGCAGACGCAGUAUUGAAUCAGAAAAACCAUCUUUUAAGUGGACCAGGGUUAAGAAGACCCAGGUACCUAAAGGCUGGUUCAAGGGUGUUUCUAAAGGACUGGCUGCUGAUUAUGACUAUGCACUCCUGGAGCUGAAGAAAGCCCCCAAAAUCAAACACAUGGAUCUAGGUGUAAUCCCAUCCGUCAAGAAACUCCCUGCAGGAAGGAUCCACUUUUCAGGUUUUGAUGAUGACCGACCUGGCAACCUGGUGUACCGUUUCUGCUCUGUCUCCCAGGAGUCCAGUGAUCUACUGUACCAGUACUGCGACGCCAAGCCAGGUUCCAGUGGGUCUGGGGUCUACAUCCGACUGAAAGAGCCUGGCAAGAAGAAGUGGACAAGGAAAAUCAUUGGCGUUUUCUCAGGGCAUCAGUGGGUGGACGUUAAUGGCAAUGGGGCACAGCAGGACUACAACGUGGCAGUGAGGAUUACCCCACUCAAAUACGCCCAGAUCUGUGAGUGGGUGCAUGGGGACUCCAGUGAGUGCAGGGUGGCCUAAUAAGUCCUCUGUCCAAGCUCAGAAAACACUCACCAACAAGACAACCAGGGGCCCAAUGACUGCCUGGCCUUUUCCUUUUUUGUUACCUCUUGCUUAAUCAGUGGGUCCAACGCUACACAGCAAUAUAGACUUGUGUAGAAAAUUGUGGCUGUCUAUAUUUCUAAUUUAUUUUCCAAACACAGAAUAUAAAAUGUAGUAAGGAUAUAGAUUAAUUUGAUAUGAAUGCUUGGUUGUGAUUCUACAAGAUAUUUAGCCACCUUAAUGUUUUCGGGGCAACUUUUUUGAGAUAUUUAGUUUAUUUGCGUAUGAGGUAUUUUAGGUGGCUAACAAUAACUAUAAUCAGACAUUUUUGAAUCAGGUCUAAAAGUUGAAAUGUGCAGUUCAAUCCUUGGCAUUUCAGUUGUUUUUAGGAGUUUUUUGCUACUACUAUUUGAGAUAAGACUAUUCUUAUGAGAAAGGGAUGCUUAAUGAUCCUGUAUGCGAGGUGCUUUAUAGUGAAAACAGUUUUGCUACAUUCUUGCAACACAGUGAAAUUAGGUUUCAUUGUUAUGCACAUAAUUCCACAGGUGCUCUUCCAGAAGUCGUGGUGCUAAUUUAUAAAAUGAUAACUGUUUUAAAGUUGUGAGUUAGAGAAAAAAAAGGACAUACUAUAUUUUUGACGGCCUAAUUUUUAUGUGGCUUCAUGAGAUCUAUGAAGAUGGGACUGAACCAUUCACCAUUUUACUUGAGUUGUUUAGAUUUGUUAAAUAAAGUUGAACAAUCUUGUUUCUG